AUGGUAGAGCCACAGGUCAGUAGAGCAGGUUGUUUCGGUCACAGCUUGGGCUUUCGAUCUCUUGCUUGGGUGAGGGAUCCUGAUGUAGCUUGGGUAGAUUGCGAAGUUGUGGAGGCUAAUGGUGAAGACAUUAAGGAUCUUGUGUUAAACAAAUAUGCAGAUGUUGAUGAUUCUUCGACUUUGACUUACACAGGAAAUAUAAUACUUACUGUGAAGCCUUUCAGAAAAUUGCCUCAUUUAUAUGAUAGUCAUAUGAUGACGCAGUACAAAGGGGCAGCCUUCGGUGAACUGAGCCCCCUUCCUUUUUCUGUUGCAGAUGCAGCAUAUAGUGGUGAGAGUGGAGCAGUUACAACAGAAAGCACAAAAUUGCUUAUGUGGUAUCUUGCUUACAUUGUCGAGCAGCAAGUCCCGGAGUCAAAUCCUGUUCUAGAAGCAUCCGGUAAGGCGAAGACAGUCAGAAACAACAACUCCAGGGGGGGAAAUUUUGCAGUUACAAUACUCGGUGGUCGUUUGAUCUGUGUUGGAUUGAUUUUGCAUUCUUUGGAGGAAUCGGAAAUUGAUCGAGACGUCACUGAAGCUUCUGAUCUGAAUAUUUUCAAGAAUGCCUUUGCACAGUAUUUUAGGGCCCCCAUGGUAGUAUCAGAAACCCAGAAAGAUUUGUUUUCCAUUGUUUUUGUUGCAAAGAGCCGGUGCAUGGAUCCUGAUGUAGCAUGGGUAGAUUGCGAAGUUGUGGACGCUAAUGGCGAAGACAUUAAGACUUACACAGGAAAUAUAAUACUUGCUGUGAAGCCUUUCAGAAAAUUGCCUCAUUUAUAUUAUAGCCAUAUGAUGACGCAGUACAAAGGGGCAGCCUUUGGUGAACUGAACCCCCUUCCUUUUGCUGUUGCAGAUGCAGCAUAUAGGUACGUUGUCGCAAUCAUGAAUUCGAAGCAUCCGUCAAAUCCGGUUCUAGAAGCAUUCGGUAAUGCAAAUAAAGUCAGAAACAACAACUCCAG